CUGCUGUCCCUAACCACUGUCAUGCCUCAUGGUCGGAAGAGUAAGCUCCGUGCCCGGGAGAGACGCCGACGGGCCCGAGGUGAGAGCCAGGGUCUUGGGGCAGCUCAGGCCACUGCAGCAGUGGAAGAAGAGGUCCCCUCUUCCCCCUUGCCUGUCUGUGAGGGUGCGCCCCUGAGCUCCCCUGCAACAGGCCCUCCCCAAAAGUCUCAGAGGGCCCGAUCCACCAGCAGUCCUGAUGCAACCAUUUCAGGCUCAAGUUCUGAUGAAGGUGCCAAGAGCCAAGGGGAGGAAAGCCCAAGUCCCUGCCAGGCCCCGCCUUCCCCUGAGAGCUCUCACACAGAUCCUCUGAUCAGGAAGGCGGGCACGUUGGUGCAUUUUCUGCUGUACAAGUAUAAAAUGAAGGAGCCCAUUACAGAGGCAGAAAUGCUGAAAGUUAUCAACAAAAAGUACAAGGAGCAAUUCCCUGAGAUCCUCAGGAGAACCACUGACCACUUGGAGCUGGUCUUUGGCCUUGAGCUGAAGGAAGUUGACCCCAGCAGUCACUCUUAUGCCUUUGUUAGCAAAGUGGGCCUUCCCACCGAAGGGCAUCUGAGUGACGGCAUGGACUUCCCCAAGAACGGGCUCCUGAUGCCUCUCCUGGGUGUGAUCUUCAUGAAUGGCAACCGGGCCACUGAGGAGGAGAUGUGGGAAUUCCUGAAUGCAUUGGGGGUCUAUGCUGGGAGGAGGCAUCUCAUUUUUGGGGAGCCCAGGAAGCUCAUCACCAAAGAUUUGGUGCAGGAAAAGUACCUGGAGUACCGCCAGGUGGCUGACAGUGAUCCUCCUCGCUACGAGUUCCUGUGGGGCCCAAGAGCCCACGCUGAAAUCAGCAAGAUGAAAGUCCUGGAGUUUUUGGCCAAAGUCAGCAAUACUGUCCCCAGUGCCUUCCAGGGCCGGUAUGAAGAGGCUUUGAGGGAUGAGGUAGAGCGAGCCCAGGCCAGAGUUGCAAACCAGGCUGCCACUAGUGCCCCGGCCAGUGCCUGCUCCAAGGCCACGUCCAGCAGCCCCCCUCAGCCCUAG